AGAUCGGUGAGUAACCGAACGGUUAAUUCAUCUUUAUUACUACAAGAAAAUAAAUAAAACUUCUCUACAUACGGUUCGGAUGUUGACCAGGCCGACAUCUUUGAUCUGGUAGAGAGAGAAAUUCUGGAGACGGUACUCGAUCAUCCAAUGGACUCAAAAAUGAAUUGUGAACCAAAAAUGAAAUUAUAUCAGGUUUUAUAGGUCCCGCCAAGUCCCGUCCCGCCGGGUCCCGCCUCCGGGAAGGUGACGACCUUGGAGAACACGGUGAACACGGUGCGCGCCAAAAACCAAAACGUUGCUCGCGACAUGUCGUGUCUUUUUUGGUUCGGGUUUGGAAUCUUUCCAUUGACAUAAGUCAAUUAGUUUUCCAUCUAUGUCCGUAAUCGAAAGGUCCAUGAGGUGUAGAAUUUUUCUAGCUUUCCUCUCGUAUAAUUCUUUUCGACAUACAACAAUUCUUUCUCGAACUUUUAGCUGCUGGAAUACCGGAUUCAUCUUGACCUCAGAUGCACAGAUCAUGCAUCCAUGCAUUGACGUCACAGUACAUCAUUGCAGCACUGAUUUCACUGUGAAGUGUGGAACAUGGGUCAAUGCGCGAUAAAAGGAUGAAUGUGAUUUCAGCGGGAAGUGCGCUAAUUGGUCACAUGUUUUCAGCGGGAAGUGCGGUAAGUGGUUAAUUGUUUCCAGCGGGAGAUGAGUGGAUUGGUUAAUUGAAAAACAACCAGUUAUUCCGAAUUCAACUAUUACGAAAACCCUAUAAAAAUAGAUCCUCGGUACCUUGUCAAGCCAUUGUGUGGUUGUCCGCCACCACCCCUGCUCAGGAUGGAACCCAUUCGGAAGAAACCUCGUCAGUCUUUUGAUGUAGUGAGAUCAUCUGAUCUGUUGCAAUUCUUUAGUUAUUGUCCUGAUCAAGAGUUUGCAGAUGUACUAAAGUUUUUCUCUCAUGUUCUACCGUCGCUGGAGCUGCUUCUUGAAGAGAAUAUUGAGCAAUGGGGUCAGUACAAGUGUUCUUUGGUAGUUCAGGUGGUGAUGCAGAAGCUGAAUCCUGCUACAGGACAAAUGGUUUCCAACACAUUCUUCUUCCGAUCGAGUACAACGCUGGUGCUCAACACCAUGGAGCUGAGGGACCUUCUCAGUAGGAUGAUUGCUCAGAUCAACGCUCGUCUUGAUGAUUUCGUUCGUCAUGGAUCAGGUUGGGUAGUUGAACGGAUUUCCUGUUUACACAUCGAAAUGUCACGCUACUGUGUACUUGGAGGAAGUUCGUACAUCCCCUUGCCACCGGAGUUGAAGUCGAAGAAGGCCAUUGUUAACGUGCAGAACACUGACAACAAGUGUUUACUGUAAGUAUAGCAGUGGGGUUUCAGUGUGGUGAUACGGUGUAUGGAUUGAACUGUAUGACGCCUGUCCAUGUCUUAUGUCAUCCGUACUUUAGAUGGUCAAUACUGGCUGCUAAAUUUUCGGCAGACAAGUCUCAUCCAUGUCGUCAAUCGUCGUACGCAGAACAUGCGGAUACUGUGGAUGUGAGCGGCAUCGAGUUUCCAGCAAAACUGGAAGACAUACCAGUCAUCGAAAGACUGAACGACGGUCUUUACAUCAACGUCUUCGGAUAUGAAGAGAAAGUCAUAUAUCCGUUAAGAAUUUCUCAGCAUCCGCAGUCCGCCAUCAAUGUAUUGCUCAUCCAAGACGAACGCAAUGACGUGGAGGUGCAGCACUGGGUGUGGAUAAAAUCAUUCAGUCGUCUUGUUGCUACUGGAGCACGUCGAGCACAUUUCGUCUGCUUCAGAUGUCUCUCAACACACGUCACGGAGAAGGCAUUGAAUAAUCAUAUGAUGUACUGCAGUGAACAUCCUGAAGCCACGGUGAAGAUGCCAAAGGCUGGCGAUAGAGUGAUGUUCAGGAAUGUGAACAAGCAGCUUCAAGCCCCAUUUGUGAUCUAUGCCGAUUGUGAGGCCUUCAUAGAACCUCUGUCCGCUGACAAGAAAAUCGGUCAUUCGACAUUCCAAAAGAACAAGCAUGUAGCCUGUUCCUGUUCGUACAUUGUAGUACGAUCUGAUGGCGUCGUCACGAACCGUUUCUUCUACCGUGGAGAAGAUUCUAUGUUCUGUUUUCUGCUGUCACUUGAGCAAGAGGAGGAGACUAUCCGUGAUGAGCUUCUAGCAUGUAAUGCUGGUCAAAUGAUCAUUUCAGAAAGUCAGCAACGUGAAUUUGAAACGGUAGUCUCCUGUUGGAUCUGUGGUGAAGCGUUGGGUAGCGAUCGUGUACGUGACCACUGUCACAUCACCGGUGCUUACCGUGGUGCAGCACACAACCAUUGUAACCUGAACAUGCGGAUUGAGCCGUUCAAGAUCAAGAUUCCUGUGAUCUUUCAUAACUUGAAGGGAUACGAUUCUCAUCACAUCAUAUCUGCCAUUGGGAGAACGUCCACUGAUGAGAUUACGUAUGUGAACGAGAAAGGACAAGAACGGACCAAGCGUCUCGGUGCUAUCAAAGUGAUUCCCAUCAACAGUGAAAAAUAUGUCACAUUCGGAUGGAGACAGUUCCAGUUCAUCGACAGCCUGGCAUUCUUGAACACCUCCCUAGACCGGUUGGUUUCGGCCACACCACCAGAUGCAUUCGCCCUUCUAUCCGCACGAUUUCCAGACGAGGAUGAACGCAAACUGUUGACACGAAAGGGUGUCUACCCGUAUGAAUAUAUGGGGUCGUACGACCAAUUCGAAGAAACGCGUCUACCACCCAAGGAUGCAUUCCACUCAACGCUAACGAACACGGGUAUCAGUGAUGAAGACUAUGCCUAUGCGCAAACAGUAUGGACUGUGUUUGACUGUGAAGAUCUAGGAGACUAUCACGACCUCUACCUGGAGACUGAUGUGCUGCUGUUGGCUGACGUUUUCGAAAACUUCAGAAGAACUGCUCACGCAACCUAUGGAUUGGAUCCCGCUAAUUACCUCACCUUACCGGGAUUUGCCUGGGAUUCGCUGAUGAAAAUGACGAAGGUGUCCCUUCAUCUCAUUUCCGACAUUGACAUGUUCAACUUCAUUGAGCAUGGCAAAAGAGGUGGCAUAAGCAUGGUGUCCGCUAGACACGCCACCGCCAACAACAGAUAUCUAUCGGAGUACAAUCCAGACGAGCCGUCAAGCUUCAUCCAAUAUUUAGAUGCGAACAAUCUAUAUGGAUGGGCCAUGUCUCAACCCUUGCCCGUGUCGGACUUCUGCUUUGAAGCAGUGACGGAUGAUCUUCUGGAGACGGUACUCGAUCAUCCAAUGGACUCUUCGACGGGAUACAUGGUGGAGUGCGAUUUAAGGAUUCCAGAUGGUGUGCAUGACAUGAUGAAUGACUAUCCGUUGGCUCCUGAGAAGAUGAAGGUGACACGAGAUAUGCUUUCUCCAUAUCAGACCCACAUGGCAGAGAAACUAAUGGUGACCGGUUUGGAAGCGAAGAAACUGGUACCAAAUCUACUACCGAAAGAGCACUAUGUUCUGCACUACAGAAACUUGCAGCAGUAUGUGUCCUUGGGUGUGGAGAUUACAGAUGUGCAUCGUGUGCUCUCCUUCACACAACAUCCAUGGAUGAAGCCAUACAUCGACACUAAUACUGACCUGAGAAAGCUAUCAACUUCUGAUUUCGAGAAAGACUUCUAUAAGUUGAUGAACAAUGCUGUAUAUGGCAAGACCAUGGAAAACGUUCGAAACAGAGUAAACAUCAAGCUCAUUCGUGAACAGGAUGAAAAACCACGUCUCCAGAAAAGCAUCAACAAACCUUCGUACAUCCGCAGUGUAGCCUUUGAGAACGAUCUGAUAGCAAUCGAGUUUGCCAAGACAAAGGUGACUCUCAAUAAACCCAUUUAUGUGGGUACAGCCAUCCUCGAUCUGUCGAAGCACUUGAUGUAUUCCUUUUACUAUGAAGUUCUCCUACCCCGCUAUGGACAAAAUGUACGUUUGCUCUACACUGAUACUGAUAGUCUGAUCGUACAUAUUCAAACGGAUGAUCUGUACACCGAUAUGUCAAACAACAUAACAGCCUAUGACACAUCCAACUAUUCACCAUCCCACCACCUGUACAGCACGGUCAACAAGAAGGUGGUAGGGAAGUUCAAGGACGAACUAGGUGGCAAACCCAUCAAGGAGUUCAUUGGUUUGCGGAGCAAGAUGUACGCAUACCGCUGUGAAGACAACGACGACAAUGGCAAGCGUGCCAAAGGUGUGCAGAGAAGCGUGUUGAAAAACACCAUAACCGUCGAUGAUUAUCGAACAUGUCUCGUCGAGGAGUCUCAGCUGAAGAGAACAAUGAAUGUUCUUCGAAGUCGACGACAUUGCAUUCACGGAGAGGAGCUACACAAGAUUGCCCUCUGUGGAUUCGACAGUAAGCGUUACAUUCUGGAGGAUGGUAUCAACACCCUGGCAUUCGGACACAAGGAUAUUCCAAAGCACUGAGGGAUUUCCACACAUACUAGAGCAUAUGUCAUAUCUUCUCAUGAAAUACAUUGUAAAUACUAUGCGAUUCAUAAUAUUCACGUUAAUCCAAAGCAUGAGCUACAUUGUACAUAUGAAAUGCUAAUACUUUUUGAGAUCAUUCACAUCCUUCUUUGUUAACCAGGUAUGGAAUUUUUCGUCUUGAUAA